CGGCAACCAAUCAGAAUCCGCGGCUGUGUGUAACCGUAGAAACGUCCGGACACGCUGCCGCACGAGGAGCACGCGCAGGAAUUAUCCUCUUGUCCUGAAAGACAAGAAUUUGGAAAACUAGACCUGCUGUGGAUUUUAAACCCGCCAAGAAAAUGAAGAGAAAAAAGACAGAGAAAUCUGAGGUUUCUGAAGUUGUUACAGAGGUGAAGAAGAAGACGAAAAAGGAGAAAUCUGUCUACGUAGACACUGCAGAGUCAACUGAUCGUGAGAAUGAAGAGCUUAAUGGCAAGAAGAAAAAGAGACACAAAAACAAGCCACCUGUAAUACCCGAGAAGGAUGAAAUAAAUGAGGAGGAAGGCGUAGAGGAUGAGGAUGCGGAUGAGAAUGAGGAGGAGCUGAGUCCGGAGGAAAGACGAGUGCUGGAGAGGAAGCUGAAGAAGAUUCUGAAAAAGGAGGAGAAAAAAAAGCAAAAAGAAAAAGAGAAGUCUGAGAAGGAGGACAGCAAAAGCUACAUCGCGCAGACGCAGGCGUUGGAGUAUCUGACUUGCUGGUCCGAGAAGCGAGAUGAGUGGAAGUUUCAGAAGACGAGGCAAGUGUGGCUCCUGCAGCAUAUGUACGACAGCGAGAAGGUGCCAGACGCUCAUUUCUCCAUUCUCUUAUCGUACCUGGAAGGGCUGCGGGGUAUGGCUCGGGAUCUCACGGUGCAGAAAGCGGAGGCUUUGGUCCGAUUUGGGGCAGGCCCAGGGGGAGAAGAGGAAGGCGGGACUACAGACGCACAGAAGAAGACACAGCGUGCUAGAGAAGUCAUUCAGAUUCUCUCUUGAGCAUGCUGAGGGGAAAAAAAAGGACAGAAUCCUUUCAUCAUCCUCCAAAAUGUGCUCCUCUUCAAUACGCCUGAUAUCUUUCAGUAUGAUGGACUGAGGAAGUGGACAGAAAACACAUGAGCUUGUAAAUAUGUAUGACAGAAAAAUGCCUUUUUAAAUAAAGACUUUAGAUUUUGCA